AUGACCGACCUGCUCGACCCAUCCGCUUUGCUUCAAGUGUUGCAGCAGCAGUUGCUGCCCACCUCCUCCCCAUCACCUCUCCUGCGCAACCCAGCAGACGCACUGGCCGCUAUCAUCCACACGAUCAUGACCCGGCUCGACUUUCGGCUCACCGGUCUAUCCGAAGACGAUCGGCUUGCGCCAUCGUCUUCUGAAUCACCCACUUCUUCAUCCACCAACAAACUUCCCCCCGAAUGGAACGCCAAAGGACCCGAUCACUAUAGUUUCCGCUACAAACACCACCAAUCUUCGCUCGAUUAUCUUGUCAAGAUUGUCAAGCUGGGAAACAAGGCGGUGAUCCAUGGAGUGGCACUGCAAGGCACCAAGACGAGCACGAUGGAGGUGGUGUUGAGCGAUUACCUGUCUAGUGCAUUCUGGCCGUAUCCUCGUGAAGGCAAGGACGAAGAGAUGCUGGUGAAUGGAUACAUCGGUAGUUCAAGGCUGAAAGAUCUGACAUCAGCGUUCAAGAUUCAGGUGCUGCAACAGUUGGUUCCGGGAUUGAGGAAGGAUGGAUAUGUAGAAGAGAACAGCUCGAAUGCAAGCAGUGGUGGUGGUGGCGGUGAGAGAUCUUCGACUCAAUCCAGCGGUCCAAGUCGGCCCACAGCUGGCACAACGCAGCCACGUCCGCCGUUGGCUGCGGAUGAAGACGAUCCUUCACUUCCAUCUGGAUAUCAGCCACCUUUUCGAAACCCGCUGAUCAUCGGUGAUCGAGACCUUGACCCGUUGGGUGGAUCCCCGCUCGCACUUCCUCCGAGGUUCGGUGGCGGAGGAGGAGCAGGAUUUGCACCACCUCCUGUGUUUCCUGGAGGUGACACGGGCGGGGGGAUGUUUGUUGGACCUAAUCAUCCGAUGUUCCGCAACCGUUACCCACCGCAAGGAACAGGACUGCCUCAGGGAGCUGUUCCGCCAGGAGCGAGGUUUGAUCCCAUCUAUCCGGGUGGGGCAGGGCCCGAAGCAAGUCAUCCGGAUGUAGGCGGUGCCAGACCGCAGAAUUUCGGUGGCGAACCGGAUUGGGACGAACUCGCCCCGCCUAGAGGCGAGAAUCCGUUCGGUGCUCGCGGUGCAAGGGGAAGAGGCGGCGGUAGCGCGUUCGGGGGUCAUUCCGAUACGGCUGGUUGGUACGCCUGA